UUUGUUCAUAAUUCAAGAACGAAAAAGAAAAUAAAAAUGAGUCGUCCACAUAUUCUGGCGAUACCAUAUCCUGCACAAGGCCAUGUAAUUCCUUUACUGGAGCUUUCACAAUGCUUAGUUAAACAUGGCUUCAGAGUCACAUUUGUCAACACAGAUCACACUCACAACCGAGUCAUCAACGCUUUACAAGAAAAUUUUACUGGGGAUGAAAUCCAUCUGGUAUCAAUUCCGGAUGGAAUGGAACCGUGGGAAGAUAGAAAUGAUUUCGCAAGGUUAUCUGAAACAAUGCCGGAGGUGAUGCCUGGGGAACUGGAGAAGCUCAUAGAAGAGAUCAACAGAGUGGAAGAAGAAAAGAUUGUUUGUGUGAUUGCGGACGGUAAUGUUGAAUUUGCCAUUAGAGUUGCAGAGAAGAUGAAAAUUAAGAAGGCAGCAUUUUGGUCUUUAGCAGCUGCAAGUCUGGCCUUGCUUUACAAUGUUCCGAAGAUGAUUGAUGAAGGAAUCAUUGACAGUGAUGGAACUCCAAUCAAGAAACAAAUUAUUCAGCUCGCUCACAAUAUGCCUGAAAUCGACAGUACAAACUUUCUUUGGGCCAACUUGGGUGGCGGCUUAGCUUUCCAGAAGAAAAUCUUUCACCGCAUAGAGAAGUUCACAGAAGCUGUGAAAGUGGCAGACUGGCUCAUUUGCAACUCAGCAUCAGAUUUUGAACCUGAAGCGUUCAACUUGGUUCCAAAUAUUCUUCCAAUAGGACCUCUUUUGGCAAACAACCGACAAGGAAAUUCAGCAGGAUACUUCUGGCAAGAAGACUCAACUUGCUUGAAAUGGCUAGAUCAACAGCAGCCUAACUCAGUCAUUUAUGUUGCAUUUGGCAGCUUCACAGUUAUAGACAAGAUCCAAUUCCAAGAGCUGGCACUAGGACUUGAACUCACCAACAGGCCGUUCUUAUGGGUUGUGAGGCCAAACAUUACUGAUGAUGCAAACCAAGCCUACCCAGAAGGGUUUCAAGACAGGGUAGCCAAUCGUGGCAAAAUGGUGGGUUGGGCGCCACAACAGAAGGUUUUGAGUCACCCUUCCAUUGCCUGUUUUUUUAGCCAUUGUGGUUGGAAUUCCACCAUGGAAGGUGUAAGCAAUGGGGUUCCUUUCUUGUGCUGGCCAUACUUCGGUGACCAAUUCAUUGAUGAGAGCUACAUUUGUGAUAUUUGGAAGGUGGGAUUAAAGUUUACCAGGGACGAAAGUGGUAGCAUCACACGAGAAGAAAUUAAGACUAAGGUGGAUCAAGUGGUUGGUGUUGAAGAUUUUAAAGCAAGAGCUUUGGAACUCAAGGAAACUGCAUUGAAAAGUGUCAAAGACGGCGGCCAUUCUGACAAGACUUUCAAGAAGUUCAUUGAAUGGAUAAGGUCACCGGAACCAGGCCAUGCUUGUUAGAAUUAAUAUUUCAAGAUUAAUUCGUUGUGACUUUUGCUUUUCCAAAAUAAUCUGUAUGAUUGAGUAAUUCUAAAUUUUCAACUUCUUAUGUUUUUUGCUCUCA